AUGUUCAUGUCGACAUUACUAUUUGCGCUUUUCUUGAAUGCCUUUCAAAGCAAUGCAUUCCAGAUCACUUAUCCCAAGGAGGGCGACCUGGUGAACGUGUAUAAUGGCCUUGUCACGACAUGGUCUUACAACUCUUCCGACUCGACAUUGCUUCCUCUUACAAUUCAAUUCGUUGCUGUCUCCCACAUGAUUGAAUCUCCGACAUACAUUCAGGACGAUCUCAAUAUUACUCUGGAAUCCACCGGCACAGGAACUAGUUCACUGGCGCGAGAGUUCAUUCACUCCACCAUAGUAACUAGCCCCUUGGUUCCAGAAACAACUCUGGCAUCAGGCCCUGGGGCUGCUGCAACUGCAGCUACCACCCAUGUCUCAACUAGCAACGAGAAUAAUGAUGAUGGCCUCAGUCCUGGCGCGAAAGUGGGAAUUGGGAUAGGUUGCGCUGCUGCCGCGAUUAUUGGGCUAGUGGGCUUGUUGCUCCUCUAUCGGAUCAGGAAAAAGGGGAAACCUCAUCCUUCUGAAGCACCAAAUCUGCCAAGUGUUGAUUCGACGAAGCUGUAUGGAAGCAGUGAUACUCGCAAGAUAUUUGAAGCGGACGGAAAAUACGAGUCGGCCAAUAUGCCUGAGCUUCCAUCGGAUCACUUUACCCGAAGUGAACUACCAGGAUGA